AUUCGCCUUAGGGUUCAGAAGACUCGCCGGGACAGCUCAGAGGGUCGCGCCUAUCGGGAGGGUCGUGGGUGCGUGCUGGAUUUGGGGUCCUGGAGAGCUCUGGGAUUGGCGAGGGUUUCAGAGCCAUGAAGAAGGGACAGAGCGCGCAGUGGCUGGAGAGAGCGGCAGAUCGCAGGGCAGACGCACGGAGGGCUCCCCGGGAGGGCCCUGGCGCGGGGCGAAGUCCCUAGGCUGCCUGGGCAGCGGAGCACAGAGUCUGCUGUCGCCAUGAGCCACCUCUUCAGUCCCCCGCUGGCCGCUCUGGCAGCCUCGCCUCUGCUGUAUGUGUACAGCCCCGAGAGGCCCGGGCUGCCCCUGGCCUUCACCCCUGCCGCCGCGCUGGCGGGCCGUGCCGAGCCCCCGCAGAAGCCGCCCUACAGCUACAUUGCGCUCAUCGCCAUGGCGAUCCAAGACGCGCCGGAGCAGAGGGUCACAUUGAAUGGCAUCUACCAGUUCAUCAUGGACCGUUUCCCCUUCUACCACGACAACCGCCAGGGUUGGCAGAACAGCAUCCGCCACAACCUGUCGCUCAACGAGUGCUUCGUGAAGGUGCCGCGUGAGAAGGGACGGCCUGGCAAGGGCAGCUACUGGACGCUGGACCCUCGAUGCCUGGACAUGUUCGAGAACGGCAACUACCGCCGCAGGAAAAGGAAGCCCAAGCCCGCCGCGGGUUCCCCGGAGGCGAAGCGCACCCGGGCGGAGCCACCGGAGCCCGAGGUGGGCUGCAAUGCAGGGUGCCCGGGCCUGGCCACUGCACGUCCACCGCGCGCGCCAGAUUAUGCUCAGUCCCUGACUGGAGGCACUGCGCGGCCCGCUCUCCUUCCCUGGUCCAGCCCUGAGCCCUGGGACCGGGACGCGGACCGAACAGUCCACGGUGCCGGGGCAGUGGCAAGCGGCCAACCGGAGCGCACGGUGCACCGCCCGGGGUCCCCUCUGCGCCCUUCACCCAGCGGCUCCCCCAAGGGUUCCAAGUCUAAGAGUUUCAGCAUCGACAGCAUCUUGGCCGGGAGGCCAAAGCCAGCCUCAGGGGCGGAGGCCUCGGGGGUCCCUAAGCCUGUGCCGGGCUUUCUGGGUGCUUCGCUGCUGGCCUCCUCCUCCGGCCUGCCACCUCCCUUCAACGCUUCGCUGGUGUUCGACCCGCAUGUCCAGGGCGGCUUUUCCCAGCUGGGAAUCCCCUUCCUUUCCUAUUUCCCUUUGCAGGUCCCCGAGGCCGCUGUGCUUCGCUUCCAAUAAGGCGGAUCAACAGCUGCUUCCCCUCCCCGCGAGCCCCCACCUCCAGUGAGCAAAGGCCUCGGCUACAGCUUGCCUGUGGGUGAAAAAGUCACCUUGGUCUCUGCCCUGGCGACUGUGGGUUUGGAGCAGCGUACCUACGCGCACCAAACUCGGUGCAUUGGUCGAGAGCUGCCUUCUCUGAAGAUGACUUAACCAGCCUCGGGUAUCUUUGCAGAUUUAAAAGAUUUGUCCAGGACGUGGACGUGAUCACCUCACACUCAGCUCUCGCAAUCCUUCACCGGCAGAAGCACAUUGGGACGUUGGCGUUGUACAAUGGCCUGACCUUCCUUGACCACCACAGGUCCUCCCUAGGACCCGAGUCUCCUGAUGACCCCGAGGGCAGGACUUACAAACAUAGCAAACAUUUCUACACGGAAACUCUACUGGACUCAGAGGACUCCAUGUGCCCCAGGCCUUGGCUGUGACCUCUUUUGGAUGAUUGGAGUUUGCAUCCAGGGUGCUGGGGAUGAUCCGUGUUCUUCAGGGUCUGGAAGAGAUGUAGGCCUGGCUAUCAUUUACAACUAAGGCUAAGAGAAACCAGAGGCAGAGCAGCAACACUCAGUAUGAAUAGAUAAACCUUCUUUUACAGUAAAAGGGCAUUUAUCCUUGGUUUAUAAACCAGGCUCCUCUUACUUGGCUAGCGGCUUCUUUCAAGGUACCACAUAAUUACGGCUUAAGAUGGUGCCUCAGUGCAUUCUGCAGCAGUGUAGCCCUCCGUUAGCUUCUGCUUUUCUUUUUAAGGGAUCAAAGGAUUUCAGGGGACCCCGAGGGUAUGUGUGGAGUGAAUACACCUCAAGGGCAGAAUUUUUAUUUCUGUAGUUUUUCAAGAUCUAAGUGCGUCCUGUUUUCCCCCCUCCCCCGCACACACACAUUUUCCAGAAUCACAUAGUAAAGGACACCCUAUAAUCAGAAAGGCUGGGGGAACAAGCAUACUCCCACCUGAGACAAAAAUGCCUCUGCAUGGCACAGGCACUAGGCUUGAUAGGGAUUCUUCAGACUCAGCCUGUGGUACCCCAAGUCAGUGUUCCCUCCAGGAGUAGCUGGAUCCUGACAUUAGAUAAACAUAUAGGGGUGACCAGAGGGUCACCAAAGAAGUGACCAGAGAGUAUGGGGGUGGUCACCAACCACCAUCUGACUAAGACAGCUGAGUUGGUUACAGUUCAGUCCAACUUCCAGCUUGGGGGGGAAACAGGCAGACCUUUGUGGUGCUUGUGUUUUAGCUUUGUGACGGGUUCUGAAAUUUGACUUCCUGAGGAACUAAAGAGCUAACUGUCUUUUAUUUAGGGUAGGAAGGGAACAAAAAAGGAAGAAUUCUUGGGCAUAGGCCCAGAGUGAAGUCUCACAACAACCAAGGUGUGCCACGUCACAUCUGUAAUUCUAGUGCUUUCGAGGCUGAGGCAGGAGGAUUGCUGUGAGAUUAAGGCUACCCUGUGCUACAGAGUUAGACCUGUCCCACACCGACUAACAAAAAUCAACCAACCAACCACUUCCCCGGACUUGUGCAAAAAUCUUUAAGAACUCUCAAGUCCCCUGCUGGUCAGUGGUGGGAAAAGCAUUUUGGGCAGACUCUGGUUGUCAAGAGUCAGUCAGAUCUUUGCAGUUCAGUCUUUCUGCCCAACCCAGGCCCCACCAGGUCUGUGGGCAGAUGGGGAGGAGGGUGUACAGUGGCUGUAUUUGAAGGACUUUGCUGAGACCCCAUCAUGGAUCCAGGUGGCUGUGACCGACUAGAAUGCAGCAGGCAGGCUGCCAUUGGAUGUUUCCCAUGUGCCCAGCGUCUGAAUAAAGGUUGUUUUUUCAUUAA